AUGGUUCUCAGGUUUCUCCGUCGGCGUCACGUCGACGGCAACGUGAUGCCCGACAUGGACAACGGGUCGAUGGAAGGGGACACGGCCGACUACCAGACGCUGAAUUCGCUAAAGCAGAUGAAAAACAUGCAUCGUCUUGAUCCGAACCUCCCCCUUGACGAGUUAGACGAAAUUGAUGUUGCGCUCAAGACUUCGAAUGCCGAAAAGGGCGCCGAGAUUGAGCAGAUUUUGGCCGAGGACAAUUCGCCAUACCCAGAAGUUCGAGCCUCGGUCCGGAAUUUCGAUGUCGAAAUGCCCGCCAACACAAUCCGGGCUUGGUCGAUUGGGCUACUACUAUGCACAAUCGGUUCGGCUGUCAACAUGUUGCUAUCGCUUCGAAACCCGAGCAUUCUACUCACGACAUUUGUCAUUCAGUUGAUUGCCUAUCCGAUUGGCUUGUUUUGGGACGUAGUGUUUCCCGACCGCGAGAUUAAGUUCCUUGGCUUCAAGAUGAACUUCAAGCCCGGCCCCUUCAACGUCAAGGAACAUGUCGUCAUUGUGGUGAUGUCUAAUGCCGCCUACGGCGGCGGCGCUCUCUACGCUACCGAUGUUAUCAUUGCCCAGCAGGUAUGGUACGGCCAAAAUUUCGGCUGGCUGUGGCAGUUGCUAUUUGGCAUCACCACACUCUGCACGGGAUAUGGGCUUGCCGGUUUGGCUAGGAGAUUUCUCGUCUGGCCAGCUGCCAUGAUCUGGCCUACAGAUCUCGUCAACUGCGCUCUAUUCUACACCCUCCACGACCACUCCCCCUCGGACCCGGCACGGACCAAUGGUUGGACCAUUAGCCGCUACAAGUGGUUCCUCAUCAUCUUCAGCGGAUCGUUUCUGUGGUACUGGGUCCCUGGCUACCUUUUCCAGGGGCUUCAGUGGUUUUGCUGGAUCACUUGGAUCUAUCCCGACAGCGUCAUUGUCAACCAGCUGUUCGGCGGCUACAGCGGCUAUGGAUUACUUCCUAUGACCCUGGACUGGAGCAUUAUUUCGGGAUAUCUUCAAUCCCCGCUCAUCCCGCCGUUCCACGCCACGGCCAACGUUCUCGGUGGCAUCAUCGUCUUCUUCGUGUUCGCGUCGUUCGGUAUCCAUUACUCGGGCAUGUGGUACUCGGACUACCUGCCGGUCCAAAACUCGCACGCCUACGACAACACCGGCGUGCAGUACGAUGUUUCGAGGAUUCUAGGUGACGAUCUGCAGUUUGAUGAGGCGAAAUACAAGGCCUACUCGCCUCUUUAUCUCCCCACCCAGUUUGCGCUCGCAUAUGGCCUCGCCUUCGCUACUGUGGCGGCCGUCAUCACCCACGUCGCUGUCUACCACGGCAAAGAGAUCUGGACCCAGUGGAAACUCGCGCGCCACCAGGAAGAUGAUGUCCACAUGCGCCUGAUGAAGAAGUACCGCGACGCCGAGGAUUGGUGGUACAUAGUCUUGUUUGGCGUCAUGAUUGCCCUCUCGCUCGUCGUCGUCUGCGCCUGGGACACAGAAUUUCCCUGGUGGGCAUACAUCAUCUGCAUGUUAAUCCCUUUGGUCUGGACUAUUCCCAUCGGCAUUGUACAGGCCAUCACCAACAUUCAGCUUGGGCUGAACGUCUUGACCGAGUUCAUCGUCGGCUACAUGCUCCCCGGUCGCCCGCUUGCCAUGAUGAUGUUCAAAAACUACGGCUAUCUGUGCAUGUCGCAGGCGCUUUACUUCACCCAGGACCUCAAGCUCGGCCACUAUAUGAAGGUGCCACCGCGGGUUAUGUUUUGGUCCCAGCUGAUUGCGUCGGUCUGGUCUGCCAUCGUCCAGGUUGCAGUCAUGAACUGGGCUCUUGCCACCAUCCCCGACGUCUGCAGCGAACACCAGCGGCAUCACUUUAACUGCCCCAACGCCAAAGUCUUUUACACGGCUUCUAUCAUCUGGGGUGCCAUCGGCCCAGCCCGCAUGUUUUCUGGCAGCGCCUUGUAUAGCUCGUUGCAGUGGUUUUGGCUGGUCGGCGCUAUUGCGCCCAUCGCGACCUACUUUCUCGCCCGGCGCUACUCGCGUGGCUUUUGGCGUUAUGUCAACAUGCCGCUCGUCUUUGGCGGGUCGGGCAUGCUGCCGCCCGCCACAGUAUUCAUCUUCUUUUGCUGGGGCAUCGUCGGCGGUGUCUUCAACUACUUUAUCCGCCGCCGCAAGAUGGGCUGGUGGCUGCAGUACAACUACGUUACUUCGGCUGCGCUCGACUGCGGCCUCAUCUUGUCAACCCUAGUCGUCUUCUUCGCCCUCGUCCUGACGAGCUCCGACGGACCCAAAUGGUUUGGCAACAACCAGGCCCUCAGCACGCUUGACAUGAACUCCCUGGCCGUCAAAAGCAUUGUCGCCCCAGGAGAGAAGUUUGGCCCUACUGAGUGGCCCUAG